CCAUAUACGUUAUAUAACAUACGCAGUACCAGAACACUGAAGUAAAUUGUAUAUAUCAGUCCGUGUUUUUCAGUUAAAGUAAUGAUAGUAAAACUCAAGGAGGGGUUUUAGAAUAACUGGUUCUUGACUGUCCAAAUGGCCGACAACAUUGAAGAAACCCCACCAUGCAAAUCCUGCAAACUUAGUGUAGAUUUAGAAAAACCAAGAUGGGAUCAAUCAACAUUCGGUGGGAGACUAAAACAUUUUUAUGCAAUAACCGACAUGCGGAAGUUGUUUGUGCCAGAUUCUCAACUGGAUCAUGCAAAAAAUCUUGUCCUGGCUUACAGAGCUGGAAAAUGUAUCGGUGACACAACAGAAGAACAAUUAUGGAACGCUAAGCAUCUUUAUGACUCAGCAUUUCACCCGGACAGUGGAGAGAAAAUGAAUUUAUUUGGGCGAAUGACUUUCCAAGUGCCAGGAGGAAUGGCAAUUACUGGCCUUUUAUUGCAAUUUUAUAAAACACCUGCGCAAGUUGCAUUAAUGCAAUGGUUUAACCAGUCAUUUAAUGCUGUAGUCAACUACACAAACCGCAAUGCUGCUUCAGAAACAUCAACGAAACAAAUGAUGUUUGCAUAUGCUACUGCUACAACUACGGCAUUAGGUGUUGCCCUUGGAUUGAACAUUUACUCAAGGAAGGCACCGCCUGUUGUUGCACGCUGGGUCCCAUUUGUUGCUGUAGCUUCAGCUAAUGCUGUGAAUAUUCCUUUAUCAAGACAAACGGAAUUGUUAAAUGGAGUUACAAUCACAGAUGCCGAGGGCAAUGUGAUGGGAAAAUCAAAGAAAUGUGCUCAGAAAGGAAUAAGUCAAGUUGUUUUCUCCCGAAUUUUAAUGGCUGCACCAGGAAUGGUUUGCCUCCCCAUUAUGAUGGAGAGUUUGAUCAAGCGGAAAUGGUUUAGAUCACGAACAUGGCUACACCUUCCUUUUCAAGUAACUGGCCUUGGAGUAUUUUUAAUAUUCAUGGUUCCAGCAGCUUGUGCAGUCUUCCCACAGCAAGCAUCAAUGAAAGUUGGAGAUUUGGAGUUAGAUGUUCGUAAAUCAAUUGAGGAAAAACACGGCAAUCUUAUCAAUACUGUGUACUUUAAUAAGGGUUUAUAAUUCUAACUCUGCAUAUAAUUUUAGACAAUUUUAAUAAUUCCCUUGAUUUAGUAGUGCCCAAUAUUAAUACAUUCCAAAAAUGUAACCUUUUCUAUACUACCUAAAAGGUUUAGUCACUUUAGUGCUUUAUUGUAAUAAUAAAACGCUUUUGUGUUUGUUUAACAUACAUAACAUGUUUUAUCACUUAAUCGAUCAAUUUAAGACCCAACAUAAAUGAUCCUGUUAAACAUUGUUUUCUAAACAGGUAACAUUCAUUAUAUAAAUAUUGGCAGAUGUUUUUAUUGGUUCAUUUUCUGCCACACCCAUGUCACGUAGCUGCUUUCAUUUUAAAUCAUUUUUUUUACAAUUUUACAUAUAGUUAUCUGCUAACUAUUUGAUGCAAUAAUUUUGUUGUUUUAAUUACUGCGCAAUCAGGUAAAUGGUGUUAGUAAUGAAUAAAAUCGA